AUGAUGAAAGACUCCAAUGGAAUACAAGACGAGACUUCCUCUCCCGCUUCAGCAGCACAGCACGAGUCACCUACUAAGUCACCUGAUUCACCUGAUUCACCAAAGUCACCUCAUCCACCCAAUUUAUUUGGAAAGGCGUCUCCCUUGGCAAAACUACUAUUUUCGUGGCCCUUUUCCUUGCUCAAGAUUGGUUUGGAGCGACCAUUGACAGAGUUGGAUUUGCCAGAGAUUCUGCAAGUCGAUAGUUCCAAGUAUCAGCGAAACUACGUGGAAGAUCUAUGGGAAAAAGAAAAGGAGAGAUGUCCAGAACAACCGAGCUUGCGGCGAGCCUUGCUCAUUGAUUAUUUCAAGUCCACUUGGAAAGCACAACCCCUGCUCUGUCUCCAAUUUACCUCGACUGUUGUACAAGCUGUGGCAUUGGGUAAUUUGAUUGAAUCCUUUGAAACGGGAAAUGGAGAGGGGUACGUGUGGGCUUCGGUUCUGGUGGCAAGUGGAUUAAUCGUUCUAUUGGACCUCCAUCAGGUCUUUUUCAUUGUUUGGCGAAAGGGAAUGCAAGUGAGAAUAUCUUGUGUGGGUGCCAUCUACGCGAAAUCAUUGAGAUUACCCUCUACUCAUAAGGACACCAAUGCGAAUACUGGGCGGAUUAUGAACUUGGCCAGUAACGAUGUCGAUCGAUUUUUGUUGGCAGCGCUAUUCAUCAAUUAUCUCAUUUGGGCUCCGUUGCAAUCGAUUGGUAUCCUAGUGGUGGGAUGGUGGAUUAUGGGACCAGCCUUUGCUGCAGGUUUUGCCCUCUUGCUUUUUGUAUUCAUGCCCUUUCAGGUUUAUCUGAGCAACAAGUUUGCAUUCUUCCGGUCCAAGAUUGCGGCAAUUACCGAUCGACGAGUUACCUUUGUAUCUCAAGCAGUGCACGGUGCACGCAUCAUGAAGAUGAGUGGCUUUGAAUGGCGAUUUCUGGAACGAAUUCAAGAUAUUCGAAAAGAAGAAGUGGAUCAAAUUCAAAAGGCGAACCGUUUAAAGGCUGCCAAUGAGGCACUGUUCUUUGCCACCAAUGUGGUCAUUGCCAUGGCCAUCUUUCUAGUACAUGUCUUGUUGCUAGACGGAACCUUGUAUCCACGAGACAUAUUCACCGUCUUUACCUUGGUCAAUAUACUGCAGCUACAAAUGACCAAACACGUUUCGCUUGGAAUUAUGGGCGCGAGUGAGGCAUAUGUAUCCAUCGGUCGGAUUCAAGAGUUUUUGGAGUCUCCCGAACAGCACUUUACGGAAAGCACACAUGACACAUUGCAAAACGAGCAGAUUGCCAUUUCAAUGGAAGAUGUUUGUUGCCAAUGGAAUCAUGUCAGGGACAUUUCCACCAAGAAGGUUACGGAUGAUGAUGAUGAUGACGAGAUAUCCACGGCUUCCCUAGCUGCGGCUCUGACAGAUAUUACGAUUGAUUUUGAAAAGGGGCAAUUGACAUGUAUCAUUGGAACAGUAGGAAGUGGAAAGAGUGCCUUGCUUCAGGCCAUCGUUGGGGAGCUCCCAGUCUUCACUGGAAAGCUACAGCGAUCAUAUGACAAGCUAGCGUAUGCAGCACAAGAUCCGUGGAUUAUGGAUGGGACAGUUCAGGACAAUAUUACGAUGGGGAGUCCGUUUCGUAGGGAAUGGUAUGAUCAAGUGAUUGACGCAUGUGGGCUGCGAUUGGAUUUUUCACAAUUUGCGAAUGGCGACCAAACCGUUGUGGGAGAUAGAGGUGUCCAAUGUUCAGGAGGACAGCGAGCUCGCAUCGGACUGGCUCGAGCUUUGUAUCGGGAUGCAGACGUUCUGGUAGCAGAUGAUCCCCUUUCGGCGGUGGACGCCAAGGUUGGGCGACAGCUCUUCAACAAGGCCAUUAUGGAAUUGAGUGUCAAGAGAGGCAAGUGUGUCAUUCUGACCACUCACCAACAUCAAUAUGUACACGAGCAACGUUGUGUCUUGGUUACCAAGGGAAAGAUUGGUAAAAUUGGAUCCUAUGCUGAGUGCGUUGCUACUGCAGGUGGAAAGUUGACGGCUCAUUCCGCGGAUGAUGCUGUAGAUUCUCUCUCCACCGAUCCAAAGACUGCCUCUUUCAAAGCAGGCGGGAAAAAUGAAGUGGAUGAAAUCGCGCCUUCAACGAGCGUUAAAGUGAACGAGUCCAAGGAAGAUAGUAACACUGGAGUAGUCAAGUUUGAAACCUUUCUGAACUACGCCCGUGCCAUGGGUGGACUCGGGAUCGGUAUCGGGCUAUUCAUCCUCUUCACAAUCACGCAAGCAGUCGUGUUGCUUGCGGUGGUUAUGAUGGGUCGAUGGGCAGAACGGACGCCCGAAGAUCAGAAAUCUUGGGAUAUUUUGUCAAUUGUUAUUGCAAUGGGUGUGGCUGUUAUUCUGCUGGCGUCAAUUCGUGCUGUUGUGAGUUUCUACUACACUAUCAAGGCAUCUCGCACGUUGCACGAUGGAAUGACCAAAGCUGUCUUGCGAGCUCCCAUCUCUUUUUUUGACACAAAUCCCCUUGGACGAGUCCUCAACAGAUUUUCUGCUGAUGUUGGCUCAAAUGAUGACAUGCUCCCUCAAACAUUGCUAGACUUCACCGUGAUCUUCUUCAUGGUGAUGGGAACGCUUGUGAUAACUGUGACAGUGCUGCCAUUUACUCUUCUUGCAAUGCCGGUGCUAUUUUACUACUUCUGGUCGGUACGAAAGGUAUUUGUCACAAGCACCCGUGAGCUAAAACGUUUGGAAGGUCUCGCAAGGUCUCCAAUGUUUGCAAUGCUGAGCGAGUCACUUAGUGGAGUAGCAACCAUCCGUGCCAAUGAUUCGUCCGCACACUUUGUCAAGAAAUUCGAAUUUGCACAUGAUGCGCACACGAGAUCCUUUUUCUCGUUCAUUGCUGCCUCACGGUGGGUUGGCUUUCGAAUGGACUCUAUAAUGUUUAUUCUUGCGAGUGUGGUUAGCGUCUUGGCCGUUCUCUUCGAACGACAGGAAUGGUUCGAGGUCGACCCAGCUAUUUUAGGCCUCUCGAUAUCCAUGCUGCUACAGCUUUCGGGUCUGUUUCAAUGGUGCAUUCGGCAAAGUGCGGAAGUAGUGAAUCAAAUGGUUUCUGUGGAACGUGUACUUGCAUUCAAGAACUUGGAACCCGAAGCACCUCUUGAAAUGGACAGUGACAGGAACCUUGACGCGGCGUGGCCUCACCAAGGAAAGAUCGAAGUCAGUGAUGUUGGAAUUCGGUAUCGCAAAGGGUUGCCUCUUGCCUUGAAUGGUGCUUCGUUCUCGAUCCCUGCUGGGGCUCGAGUUGGGAUAGUUGGGCGGACUGGAAGUGGGAAGAGUACGGUGGUCCAAACUUUAUUUCGGUUACUGGAAGCUGAAAACGGCUCGAUUACAAUUGAUGGUGCAGAUAUUUCCAAAGUUGGGCUUCAUCGACUUCGGACGAAAAUAUCAGUGAUUCCGCAGAUGCCAACACUAUUCAGUGGAUGCACUAUCCGAGAAAAUUUGGAUCUUUUUGGAAUUCAUGAUGAGAAGGCCAUUGUGAAAGCUCUGGAAGAUUCGCACUUGAGCGAUGCUAUCGAACAGCUACCCGAAGGGUAUGAUACUCUGGUCGCCGAAGGUGGGUCGAAUUUUUCAGUUGGGCAGCGGCAAUUGCUAUGUUUGGCGCGAGCGAUCCUGAGCAAGAAUAAGAUCCUUAUUCUCGAUGAAGCUACUGCAGCAGUCGAUCGACGCACUGACCAGUUGCUGCAUGAAUCGUUGCAUGAAUCUUUUGAGGAUUCCACAAUAAUUGCUGUUGCCCAUAGACUGGAUACGAUCAUCGAUCACGACUAUGUCUUGGUCCUUGGCCUUGGCAAGGUGCUUGAAUUCGGCCCGCCUGCUGAGCUGAUUCGCUCUGGUGGAUCUUUUUCUCAGAUGGUCGAAGAGACUGGUGACAGAAUGUCAGCUAAUCUGAAACAACGGGCUUUCGCGAAAGAAAGCGAGAUUGCAAAUGCCUAA